UUCUCUGGGGGAAGGAAGAGGAAGAACGUUUGGCACAAAAGGCAAUAAGAAAAAGAGGAAAAGAAAAGGACAUGCUGGCUCAUCAGGGACACUGUAACAGGACUUUCUCACAGACUCAGGGACAUCACUCUGCUUCGUCCAAACCUCAGAAUCUCUUAAUGAUGUCUGAGGGAAACGUCACAGUGCUGCCUUUUGGACCUGUGUCUCUAGACCUGUCCAAGCAGGAGCAGCGGACACUGACCAGACUGUACAGCCAGAACGGAGGCUAUCACCUGAGGAUUUUACCUGAUGGAUCUGUGAGCGGUGGCAGGCAGGAAAACGACCCCUAUGACGUGCUGAGGCUGAAGGCUGUGAGCGUGGGAGUUGUGGUUAUCAAGGGAGAGAUUACAGGAAGGUACCUGGCUAUGAACAAAAACGGACACCUCUACGGAUCACAAGCACUGAAUGAUGAGUGUUACUUCCUAGAGAAGUAUGAAGAAAACAACUACAACACAUAUUGCUCUCAGAAGUACAACUGGUAUGUCGGGCUGAAGAGGAACGGCCAACCUAAAGCAGGACCGGACACCCACCAGGGUCAGAAGGCCAUCUUCUUCCUGCCAAGGCCUGCGGGUAACAUGUAAAGCAAGACGGCACCAGGAACCACGGACACGCUCACUGAAGUCUUUAAAUACACAUUUUGCACUGGGCAAAGUAUCCCAUUUUAAGGUCACUUAAAAUCAGUACAAUAGAGCAGUACAGCCUGAGGCCAACACAUAAUGCUGUUUAACAGUUAGUUCAAGCUCUACUUCCAUGUUAAUAACCUACAUGUUUGUUCAUUCCUCUUGUUUAUGCAGGGAAUAUAAGGUUCCAGUUCAUGUAAGGAGCUUAUACUUUUAAUUGUUUUUACAUUGCAGCGAUAUGAGCUGUAUAUAUACAUAUCCAGAAUAAUUUCUGCCUAUAAGAACAUACACCCUCUCUCCCAAAUGUGUGCUAAAUCAGUGCAUGUCAGCCGUGAUAAAUGUGUGUUCACUUUGAACCUCGGUAUGAAAUACCACUGCGGGAAGAUAGCAACGGGCUGCUUUUACACAGAAAUAGUUUUACAAUGUAUCACGUCUGGUACGAAGUAAACCAACAUGGCAGUAAACAUAAAAGAGCCGACCAUCUGGCGUUGAAUUCAAACUGAGGAAAACAAAGUCUAAACUGAAUAAAAUAAUAAUAGUAUUAUAAAUAUUCAGUAGAGUGGAUGUUUGCUGACUUUUGAAUGACUAAAAGUCCUAAUAGUAACCAAUUGUAUAUUGCUGAAGCCUGUUUUAUGACAGCUUUUGUAAUAACUUAUGUACUAUUUGGAAAGUCAGAAAUUGUAACAGGUCAUAUGAAAAGCACCUAUUAUGUUAAUGAAAGGGUUAGCCAUGCCAACAAGUCUUCAAAAUCUGUAUCCGUCCCACAGAGGGAACAUUUACAAGGCUGUUUCAGUUAUCAGCAGAGUUAUUUUUGAGUUGUAUGUUCCUGAAAAAGUGGCACAAAAAGAAGAAUGUUAUAUUGUAUAAGGCAGAAAGGGACCAAAUAUUGUCCAUUCUGUUCUGGACUAGAAAAGUCACAUUGUUUCUUUUCACUGAGCAAAAUAGCUCAUCUAUACAGUCGAACCAUUAUUUACGCAAGCACCUUUCUAUAUACCCAUAAUACUGUGACGUUAUACUAGGUAAAAUUACUCAUGUGAAUAUUUAUUUAUAAAUGAUAUUGCUAAUACAAUUUAAUUUUGCUGAGCAUCGUAACAAACAUUUUUGAAAUAUACAUAGUGACGUAGCAAAAGUUUAUGUGACUUUUACAAAGUAAUACAUAUUGUAUUCAAUGAACUUAAAUAAGGAAAUUACAUGAUAAUGCAUAAAAUAAAUAGUAUGUAUGUAACUAGGAUAGAUUUUCUGCUUAGAAGGUAGACAAGUGAAUAAAAGUGUACAGAAAUAUCUUUAAAGGAACAUGUUGUAUGCUUUGUCCAAUACACCUGUUGCUAAUAA